GUCAAGCUAUGUUUUGACAGUUAUUAAAGGGUUAAGUUGGAUUUAAUCGCCUUGUUUUUGUUGUCAUUUUUGUACUUUAAUUAAAAUGUAUUCUAAUCAUACAAGAAUCUAAUUAGAUUUGUAUUCAUACGUUUUAUAAAACAAUAGGUCAAGGACGAGAAAAUAAUGUAAAUUGUCUGAUGUAGAUUCAUUACACCAUCAGUAUGCCAACAUUUCUAACACCAGGCCGCCAUGGCUACAGUGUUCGUUUUUCCAGAACACGACCAGAUUCAUUGGCUGUAGCCACCAGUCAGUAUUAUGGUCUCGCUGGGGGUGGGACAUUAUUCUUCUUAGAAUUAUCACCGGAAGGAACCACAAUAGUUGAACUACAGAAAUUAGAAUGGAGUGAUGGACUGUUUGAUGUGACAUGGUCCGGUACAGCAGAUGGUGUUGCCGCUUGUGGGGCAGGUGAUGGUGCUGUGAUAGUGUGGAGAGGAGGAUGUGCAGCCCCCUUGAGGGUUUUAAGGGCACAUCAUAGCGAGGUGUGCUCUGUGGAUUGGCCCCGAGCACAUUUACUAAGUGCCAGUUGGGAUACAACAGUCAAAUUGUGGGAUCCCGAAUCUGAAGUGUGUCUCAGUACAUUUUCGGGUCAUUCUCAGCUGGUUUACACGGCGACGUUUUCUCCACACUCGCCAGCCACCUUCGCUUCAGUCUCUGGUGACGGUCAUCUCAAACUGUGGACGUGUACGGAAUCAAGUAGACCGGCUGCUGUGAUAAAAGCACAUGAUGCUGAGGUGCUGUCUUGUGAUUGGAGUAGACUAGAGACGCAUGCGCUAGCUACCGCGGGCUCCGACGGACUUGUCAGAGGUUGGGAUCUUAGACGACUCACAUCACCCAUGUUUACUCUUAAAGGAUGCGAAUGUGCAGUACGACGAGUUCAGUUCUCACCGCACGCUCCUUCGGUUUUAGCUGCAGUGUCAUACGACUUCACGACUAGAAUAUGGGAUCUAAAGCGAGGCUGUGAUCCUCUAGAAACUAUCAGACAUCAUUCCGAGUUCACGUACGGUCUAGAUUGGAACGCGUUAAGGCCCCAUCAAAUAGCAGACUGUGGUUGGGAUUCGCUAGUACACGUCUUCACUCCAAGAUCUCUGGUUUGAAAGUUUGGUUCGUGGAAUUGGAACUGAAAAGUUAUCUAUAAAUGACCAGAUCUAUAUAGUGCCAAGAGAUAUGACAGUUGCCAGCAAACAUCCUAUUGUGACUAUAGUAUGUGACUCAAGGGUAUAUAACUAUGUAUAUGAAGUAUUAUGUUGCGUUGGUUAAAAUAAGAUUCGUUUGUUAAAAUUUUUAUUUAAAAAAAGUUUAUUUUAGCACAGAUACAA